AUGUCAUCUUUUGGGCUCGCAAAGGUGGUACAACUUAAGAAUAAUACGGAAGAUAUUCCUACUGGAAGAAGUAAUGUCGAACUUUCAAGACCUCAUUCUAUACAGUUGGAUGAUGAAGCAUUAAGGAAGAAAGCUGAAAUGAUGGUGAAAGGUCGGAAAGCAAAGAAGCUGAAACGUCAGGCUAAUAGUGAAGCUACAGCCGCAGCUCUUAAGGUUCGACGCUGUGAUAUUGUUAACGUGGAAGUUACAGAUUCCGAAAUAGACGAUGCAGUGAAGGAACUAUCGAAGCAUGACAAUACCCAUAAGCAAGGAGAUAUUUGGUUUCUCCCAUUGUAUGAUACACGUGAAGAAGCAUAUGAAGAAAUGGAAGGACCACCGCUUCCUGAAAGUUCGGUUUUCCGAAUUCGGCUAAACACAUUUCGUGAUUUGUGGCGUAGAGGUUACUAUUUAACGUGUGGUUUGAAGUUCGGGUGUGAUUAUCUUGCUUAUGAAUCUGUUCCUGGUGAGGAUCAUUCGAAGUGGUUAGUGAAAUGCGUGGAUUCACAAGAUACUUUAUCUUUCUUAGAUCUUAUUGCUCUCUCAAGGCUUUCUUCUCAAGUGAAGAAACAUGUUUUACUAGCUAUUGUUUCACCUGAUACUUUGUCACCUUACUAUAUUGAAUAUUCCUGGGUAUCAUUUCUUGUUUGGUAUGCAUUAGAAUUGCUCGUUGAAAUGCUAUUUUAUUCUUUUUUCAAAUCGUUGGUUGGAAAAGAUGUGGUAGUGGAAUUGAAAAAUGAUCUGAGUAUUUGCGGUACAUUACAUUCUGUUGAUCAGUACCUAAAUAUGAAACUGACGGAUAUCUCAGUGACUGAUUCGGAGCGAUAUCCGCAUAUGCUUUCCGUCAAAAACUGCUUCAUUCGUGGAUCUGUUGUACGAUAUGUGCAGUUGCCUGCUGAUCAAGUGGAUACUCAGCUACUGCAGGAUGCAAGUAGGAAGGAAGUUAUGCAAGCCAAAAGAACCGCUACCGCCUAA